AUGGUCCGAAAUUGUCGAAAUAAUGAGGGUCAUAAUACACGUAGGUUGUGUUCAUUAGUAACCUCGAUUUUAGUCUCAUUAGCAUCAGGAACUCCUUAUUUAUACGGUACUUAUGCUCCUCAGUUUAUUAAGAGAGUUGGGUUAACAACGUCUGAUUCUGCAACCAUUUCUUUGGCGUCAACUAUUGGUUGUGGACUAGGUGGUAUUCCAGGAGGAUUAAUAAUUGAUGAGUAUGGCCCUCCAAUAGCAAUCAGUAUAGGAUCUGUUAGUAUACUAGUCGGUUACUAUGGUCUAUACAAGAUAUACGAAGAGAAGGUAUUUAAUUUAUGGCUAAUUAGUGUAUCUAUGGUUUUGAUGAGCUUUGGCUCGAUAAUCAGUUACUUUUCCACUAUUAAAGCUGUUCAAGCAAAUUUUCCAGAUCACAAAGGUAUUGCUGGCUGUAUACCAGUAAGUGUGUUCGGAUUAUCAGCUACCGUAUUUUCUGCCAUCAGUGCAACUUUAUUCAAGCAAGAUAUAGGUAACUUUCUUCACUUCUUAGCAUUUUUUUGUGGAUCAAUUACUUUUUUUGGUUCGUGGUUCGUUAAGAUAUAUGAUAAUGAUUCCCAAAUAAUAAAUAAUGCCAAUUCAGAGCCUGAUGAAGAAACCAGACUUAUAAUAAAAAAUAAUAAAGACGCUUACCCGUACGAGACCAAUUACAGUAUCAAGAAACUGUUACGAUCUACAAAUAAAUAUUCCAUGGGAGAAUUGUAUUGUAAUAGCCUGAUUAUUCCUAACUCAUCGAUAUGUGGCAUCGAUGAACACAACCCUAGUUCUUCAACUACAUCGUUUGUAUCUAACUCACUUACGGAUAUUCAAGGUCUGAACAAAUCAAUUCAUCAAGAAAAUUCGGAUCCAUCAAUACCACAUAAGGAUGUCUGGGUUUCAAAUGUACCUAUCGGGUAUUCCAAGAAUCCCUUAAUCUAUAUCAAAUACUUGCUAACUAAUAAGGUAUUCCUUUAUCAUUUUCUUAUUGUUUCGAUAACUAGUGGAAUUGGACAGAUGUAUAUUUAUUCAGUUGGUUUCAUCGUCAAGGCUCAAAUUAAUUAUAGACCAAGUAACAUGACUGCUUUGAACCCCAUGGAUAACAAAUCACCGUUUGCAAAUUCGAGGCAAAAUUCAAGUGCAGCACUUCAAGCUUUACAAGUGUCCUUAAUUUCAACUUCGUCUUUCUUUGGAAGAAUAAUCUCCGGCUUUUUAUCCGAUUUUAUUUACAAGAAUUAUCGUAUCCAAAGACUAUGGAUUGUUGCAGGUACAAUAUUAAUUUUUGCAAUUUGUCAGUUUAUUUUAGUUAUAAAUGCUAAUAAAAUGGGUUUAAUUCACUUCACUUCUAUAUUAACAGGAGGCUGUUAUGGUUUGAUCUUUGGUAAUUAUCCAGCAAUAAUUGCUGAUGAAUUUGGAACUCAAGCAUUUUCAACUACGUGGGGCUUGAUUUGUACUGGUCCCAUGAUAACAUUAUAUGCAUUAAACAAAUAUUUUGGAACUAUAUACGAUAGAAAUACAGAUUCCAAAACUGGAAUUUGUUAUAGAGGAACAGAUUGUUAUAAAGGAGCUUUCAAACUUAGUUUUUUUCUAUGUUUCGCCAUUCUUGGUGUGACUUUAUUCGUGAUACAUUUUCAACGUACUAAACACUAG